AUGAACGACACACGGCUAAGACGACCACGACGUCUUCGAAGCAUUCGUCGCACUAUUCCCGAGAAGAACAACAAGAGUGGACUUGGAACAUCGAUGAGAAAAACUAUCUCAUCGGAUCAACUUCUAAGAGAGGAGCACGAUAGUAAUGAUUUUCCACCAGACAGUUCACCUGGCAGUGUGGCGAGCAACUCAUCAACGGAGAAAAAGAAUGACAGUGAAUCACCAUCUCGAAUACUGGCGAAAAAGAAGAAGUACUUCUCGGAAACAUCGAGCAACAAGAACAUUUUCAAGAAGUUGAUUCAUCCUUCGUAUCAGGAACGAGCUGAGCAGUAUCGCAGACUGUUUGGCACGAAAAUUGGACCUGAACCGGACGAGUUUCUCGCAUCGUUUUCAUGUGCGUAUCAGCGAGAGAUCCUGUGCCAGGGAAGGAUGUAUAUCUCCCAACGUCAUGUCUGUUUCUAUGCAAACAUUUUCGGCUGGGAGACGAAUUUGGUACUUCCGGUGGCCGAUGUGGCAGCGAUCACCAAAGAAAAAGCGGCUCUGAUUUUUCCAAACUCACUUCAGGUCUGGAAAUUGCUAGAUUAA